AUGAACUAAAAAUUAUUUUAUACUAAACACAACAAAAUGGAAUAAAGCUAAGAAAUUCUCUUGAGUUCUAGAAAUAGAGUUCGAUCAGUUUUUUAAGAUGUUUCAAAUAUGAACUUUACAUUUUAAAAUAAAUUGGAUAAGUGUUCUAAGAAUUAAAAGGAAGAAACCAAAUCAUAGAACAGUAGAAGAAGAAACGCAAUAAUCCCUGUUUAAAUAGAGAGAAUGUUAAAAUAGAUAGAGAAUGCUGAAUUUCAAUUUCAAUUUAUGAAUUUUUAAGUAAGGUCUGGGAAUGAGAUCGAGAAAGAUAUCUUAUGUUAUUUUGAUAAAUUCCGAUGUGAAAUUUAAUAAUAUGAAUUAGUAAUAGAAUAAAAAGUAUGAUGAGAUAUAAGAUUAGUCUAAUAAAUUAAAUAUUGAUAAGCAUGAUUUCAGUGAUGAGUAAUUAGAAAGAGUAUUGGAUUGGAUGGUAUAUAAGAUGAAAAAGUUUAAAAAAGUUUCAAAUGAGUCAAUAUUCAAAGCAAUUGAAUUAGUUUACUAGUACUUAUAAAACACUAGUCAUUUGACAUAUAAAGAAUUGGAAUUGAUAUCAGGUUGUAGCAUAUAUAUAUCUUCAAAAUUUGUAGAUUUAUAUCCUAUAUACAUUGAUGAUUUGAGUUAUGAAGUAAUAAAAAUUAAUAAUAAAGGUGUUGCAAUAGAAAUAUUAUAAUAGUGAUAUCUUAUAACAAGAGAGAAAAAUAUGCUAGAGUUUAAAUUACAAUUUAUGUUUCACAACAUCAUUGUAAUUAGUGCAUAGAAUAUUAAUGGACUUAAAAGAUUUAAUUGAAUAAAUCUAUGAUAAAGAGAAGAUGGAUUUAUUAAUAUAAAAAAUUAUUGAGAAUUUGUUUUACAUGGAAAUAGGUUAAGAAUUUAGAUAAAUCUCAAAAUGCAAUAAGGCCUUGGCUUGUAUUUUAUUAACUUUGAUAGAAGAAAAUGUUGAAAGUAGAGUAGUAAUUAUUUCAAUAUUAUUUAAUGUGUUAAGCUGUGUUGUUUUGUGUGAAUCAUUUCAAAUUGAAUAUAAAUUGGAUUGA